AUGGAGGGAGGCGGGCAGCCCCGGAGGAGCAGCAGAGGCCAGGGAGGAGCAAACCAACAGGGGGGACAGGGGGCCAGGGAGCCACAGAUGGAUGGGCCACCCCGCCCGGAGGUCCUCGAACCAGGGAAGGUGCAGGAUGGGACCCCAGAGUGGCAGGGGCAGCCGAGGAGCCAAGGGGAGACAGGCGGGCCCCACAAAACCGGAGGGAGAGGCCGGGGCACGGAGGGCCAUGCACACCCGAGCCCCGGGGAGAGGCACCACUCCCCACCUAGGCACCGGACCCCAACCCACCAACGGCAGAGCAGACAGACCCAAAUGAAAAGGAACGAUUGCCGCCAAACUCUUCCCCCACGCCACCACCACCCCCACCGCCGAUGGAACCAGAAGCCCCAUGGCGCGGCACCCAGGUCCCCAUCAGCGGGCCAGCCAGCCACCCAGCCCCCCCAGGCACAGAGGCGUACCAUGCCCCACAAGCGAGGAGCUGAAGGGAGCUCGGGCCAGUACCCGACCCAGAAGCCCGCGGCGCCAACCGGCAGCACCAGGAAGCAAACCCCCCCGGAUCCCCCAGCAAGUCCAGGACCCAACACCCGGACACCAGACCAUCCCCACACGGCCAGGCCGCCCAGCCCCGCCGCACCCGAGGGGCCAGCCACUCUAAAAGACACAAUCUCUCUCCUCCACCAAUUCAGUCAUAUUCAAGAGAAAAAUAAGAAGAAAAAAACACACAGUAUCAGUCUCUGA